GCGGCGGAGGAACYUGUGCUCCGCUCACUCAAAACGCGCCGUAUUCUUCGUGUUCGUGUCGUGGGCCGCGGCGGACGRUCGGAAGUGGGUCUUACUUAGAACUUAAGGGCACCCCAAAGGCCAGGAGCUUAAAGGGUAGCUUUAUUUCCCAUUUUUGAGAUUGCAGGGGCCAGAAAAAUGCAAUCUUGAUUCAUAUUCAGGAUUUGAAGUUCUCGGAAGUGAGAAUAAGGCACACAAAGAAUGCAGACUCUAUUUCAGAAACUACUACCCAGAACAACGUUCAAGCAAGUUGUUGCUUGUCGAGCAUAUUGUACUAAGGGUCUACAUGAUGUUGGACAGCCCACUCCCGCUUCUCAUUCACAGUUAAUGAAAGAAGGGGAAAUUACUCCUGGCAUAACUGCUGAGGAAUACAUUACAAGAAGAAAAAGGUUGCUAGAGCUUCUACCAGAGAAGAGUGUGGCCAUUAUUGCAGCUGCCCCAGUAAAAAUGAUGACUGAUGUGGUGCCUUACACAUUUCGACAAGAUGCUGAUUACUUAUACAUCACUGGUUGCCUACAACAGGGUGGUCUGGCAGUUUUGAGUCGCGAAUUUGGAUUCUGCAUGUUCAUGCCUGAAGCAAAGCCUCAUGAUGUUCUAUGGCAAGGGAAAAUUGCAGGAGUUGAUGCAGCAUUGGAUUUUUUCAAGGCUGAUGAAGCAUAUCCCAUGAAGAAGUUGCGUGAGAUCCUUCCAGAUAUUAUUAGGAGGUCCACCAAGUUGUUCCAUAAUUCGACUACUGCCACUCCAGCUUAUGUGGGUUUAGAGGCCUUCCAAAAAGCGGCCGAGAAUAACCGUGUGCAAGAUAUUUCACUUUUAACUCAUGAACUGCGGUUAAUAAAAUCAACAGCAGAGAUGAAGUUAAUGAGGGAUUCUGCUUCGAUUGCUUGCCAGGCUCUACUGCAGACGAUGAUGCAUUCAAAAACAUAUCCUUAUGAGAGCAAGUUAUCAGCAAAAGUAGAAUAUGAGUGCAGAAUGAGAGGUGCUCAAAGAAUGGCAUUUAAUCCUGUGACUGGUGGUGGGUCUAAUGGAAGUGUUAUACAUUAUUCUCGAAAUGAUCAGAAAGUCAGAGAAGGGGAUUUGGUCUUAAUGGAUAUUGGAUGUGAAUUGCACGGUUAUGUCAGUGAUCUUACUCGUACCUGGCCGCCUUGUGGGAACUUUUCUGCUGCUCAGGAAGAGCUUUAUGAUCUUAUACUGCAAACAAACAAGGAAUGCAUAAAGCUUUGCAAACCUGGCGCUACUAUACGGGACAUUCAUAACUACUCGGUGCAAAUGCUACGGAAAGGCUUCAAAGAGCUUGGAAUUUUGCAAAAUUGGAAAAGCGAGUCCUACCACCAGCUGAAUCCCACUUCUAUAGGUCAUUAUCUUGGAAUGGAUGUCCAUGAUUGCUCCAUGGUUGGUUACGACCGGCCAUUGAAGYCAGGUGUUGUGAUAACAAUUGAACCUGGAGUUUACAUCCCAUCCUUAUUUGAAGGUCCCGAGAGGUUUGCUGGUAUCGGGAUACGGAUUGAGGAUGAUGUCCUUAUUACUGAAUCGGGUCACGAGGUUCUUACAGGUUCGAUCCCAAAAGAAAUUAAACAGAUAGAGUCAUUGCUGAACAACUUCAGCUUUGGAUCCGUGAACAGUUUUAACUGUAUGAAAGCCUCAACUUUUUGAUCAAAUGUCGACUCAGCAAUCGAACCAGAGAAUUGUUCCACAGAAACAUCACUCAUUAGGUGUAUUCCUACUCAGACCCGAACAGGAUCGCAAGCAGCAAUCUCCGGACCUUUUCUUGUAAACCAACUUAAUUCGGUYAGUAUUUAUUCAAUUCUUGAGUAAACAAAAAUUAGAAUAGUUAAAUAUUCUGGGUGUUUAAGUAUGGUGGAAAGGACGAGUGAUAUCCAAGGCAAUACUUAGUGUCAGGACCGGAUGAUAGCACGGUGAUAUAUAGUGAUGUGCAAAUUUGGAGCUCAAGAGGACGAUGAUGAGACRAGGAGGGUGUGCAUCUUCUGCAGCCUUCUGUAAACACACUCGUUAAUAUUAAACURAUUAGUCUGCUCGAGUAUCAACAUUGAGAUGCGAUGACUGCUGUGAGUUGCACUGGUGGGGGAGGAUUUCAGCUAGUGAUAUCAGCCAUUAGCUCUAGUUAGUAUCUAUCUAUUUGUUAUAACCAUCAAAAUGGAGUACAGUAUUUGCAUUUUCUGUUAAAAAAAGCAUGGCAAGAAGCCCAAAUUCAUUUUGAUUUCUCUACUAUUAGUUGUGUUAUGCCAGUCAAAACAGUUCAGAUACUAACUGGAGCUAAUGGGCAUUAGUUGGAGUCCUGGUCGACGUCCCUUCGRUCCACACGRCGAUUCAUAGUAACCAUCGCAUCUAAAUGCUAGCACCCGACUGUGAACAUCUAUUUAGUAGUAACCGAGCAUGCUUACUAAAGUGGCUGAAGAGACACCCUCAUCCUCUUGCCAUCGUCCUGAUGACCCUGCAUUCGCAUAUCACUCUCAUCUUGCUGCCAUUUAAUUCCACCUUGGUAUAGGCUUCGGACUCGACUUGACUCGGGAUGACUUCAUCCUCUUCAUGUCUAGUUUAUUUCCAAUCACCAUUAUAACUAGUAUUUCUGUACCAUCUGUAUACUUUAAUUCCAUCCAUGGCCAUAGGCAGGUGGGGUGGCAGUUGGUUGGUUUUAGGUAGAAAUUAGAAUUCAUUUUUUCAUUAAAUUUUCCUCAGAUCCAGUGGUCUCAAAUUUAUUUUUGCAGUGUGUUUCUGUAACAAUCAUACAGAAAUAUUUAGAAUAAUGCCUCAUUCUUGUGCAGCUGCCUGCUAUUUCUUGCUGCUACAUUCAUUGUAUUWAUUAUCAUACCUUUUAAUUGUUUA